CUCAAAAAUUAAUAAAAGAAAACGAAAGACUAAGAACUGAAAAAUCAAAGUUGGAAUCAGCACGAAAAGCACGUGAACAAACCGAAAAGGCUCAGCAAUCACAAAAAUCAUCAAAAACAUCUCCUAAGAUUAGUGUAAUACCUAUCGAAUCCGAACCAAUAGAAACUGUCAUAGAUCGCAGUAUAGGUCAGACGACGUCUCCGAAACUUCAACCAACAUCAACAUCGCAUUCAAAUAAUUCGAAACAUAAUGAUGUCGUUGAGACAACGCAGAAUAUCAUGUCACCGGAAGGUCAACAAAAUGUAGCAAUUUCACAGUCCAAGAAAGAAGAGGGCUGGGUUACCGUUCAGAAACGAAGACAUAUUAAACCAAGGAACAGUACG